CCCAUUAAAGGGACACCAGGACCUCCACGACGACAUGGAGAAAGUGGAGAACGGAGGGAGAGAGGACCGCCAGGUGACCAAGGAGAUAUCGGAAUUCGAGGACCGAUCGGCGAUCAAGGAAUGCAAGGUAUAAGGGUACUAGAAAAUCCAUGA